GCCUUGCAUAUUUUUAAAUUAUCGAUUAAUCGCUGUAUGGAAUAUUAUUACUGUCUCUCUAUUCCGCUAAACGCAAUAAUUAAAUAACAAACUAAAAAAUAUAUUUAUAAUGAGUGCGCGACUCAUUGUUCGGAAUUUCUGCACAGCUCACUGGGCGCUUCAAGCGCGUGUACCGCGUCGGGCCAAUCCCGGGAAUAGCUACCAGCUGCAGGAAUCACAACAAAAUCACGAAGCUAGCGAGGAUUAUGCGGACAUGGAAUCGGAUUUUAUGUCCGCCGGUCGCACAUAUCGCCAACACGAAGCAGAACGCCACCAAAACCGCGAUCGGGUGCGUCAGUUCAUGAUCAAGCACAAAUACUUUCGAGCUGCCAAAUUACCUAACUUGCUCCUCUACGCGGAAAAGGAGCAAAUGCGACUCCUACAUGAACGUGAUUCUGAGGAAUGGAAUAUUGAGCGCUUAGCUGAGAGUUUUCCCGUAACACCGGAAGUUGUGCAAAAGUUGCUGCGCUCCAAGUGGCGACCACUAAAUGUGGAACGCAUUCGUUCACACGACGCCGGCGUAAUGCGCAACUGGGCUCAAUUGCGAGCUGGCAAAUGUCCUGACGUGCCGCCAGAGCUGUUGCAGCAUCUGCAAAAGUUUGCGCAACGUCGCCAGCAGGAUCUAAAGCAGUUGUCACCAGAACAGUGGCCAGCACGUCCUGAACUGCCAGUGCCCCAAACAAAUGAAUUUCGUGCGCUGCUGGGAAAUGGACAGAACACACCAAAGCAGGUGGCAUUGAACAAGCCUGGUCAGAGAGUCGAGAGUCCAAAGCGACCCGAAGGCGAUGAGGAAACAUAUUUGCUAGACAAGGUGACGAACAAGCGUAAAAUGCGCCUGCAAGAGCUUAAAGAACUCCAGCUGUUGCCCCAACAAAAUCCCGACCUAGACAGGCCAUUGCCCAAUCCCAGCGGCACUGGCAUCCUGCCCAACUUUGUGCAGAAGUUCGAGCCCAGUGAAGUAGUUGUCAGCGUGGCAGAUCAGCGCAAGUACGAAAUGAGCAGGAUAAAGGACCGCAUUGUGAUACCACGCAAGUUAUAUCGCGAGGGUGCCACAUAUCGUGUGGAGGACGCCUACUACGAUGACGAUGGCGAAUUCUUGUACCGUGUGCCUGGCAUGACUGGUGGAAAAUCGAGAUGAUUUAUUUAAAAAAAUAUUUAAAAUUUUUUCGUUUUUAUAGAUAAUAUUUUUGUGAAUAAGUUGAGGCUCAAUACGAAGCAUGUUUUUCAACUCAACAAACCAGUUGUUAUACAUUAAGUUAUUAA